AUGGCCAAUGUCAAUAUCACCUAUGUCACUGAGUUCAUUCUAAAGGGAAUUACAGACCGGCCAGAGCUUCAGGCCCCAUGCUUUGUGGUGUUUUUCGUCAUCUAUCUGGUCACAGUGCUGGGCAACCUGGGGUUGAUAACCUUAAUCAGGAUUGACACUCAACUUCACACACCUAUGUACUAUUUCCUCAGUCACUUGGCCUUUGUUGACCUUUGCUACUCCUCUGCUAUCACACCAAAGAUGAUGGUUGUUGUGGAACUCAAUACUAUUCCUUUCCAUGCUUGUGCAACACAACUGGGUUGUUUUCUCGCCUUCGUGAUCACCGAGUGUUUCCUUUUGGCUUCCAUGGCCUAUGAUCGCUAUGUGGCCAUCUGUAGUCCCCUGCACUAUUCAAUCCUGAUGUCAAGAAGACUCUGCAUUCAAUUAGUGGCAGUUCCAUAUAUAUACAGUUUUUUGGUUGCCCUGUUCCAUACCAUUAUCACCUUCCGUCUAACUUACUGUGGCCCUAACGUAAUUAACCAUUUCUACUGUGAUGACUUCCCUCUCUUGGCUCUGUCCUGCUCAGACACACACGUGAAGGAAAUUCUGAUCUUUGCCUUUGCUGGUUUUAAUAUGAUCUGUUCCUCUUCUAUCAUCCUCACCUCCUACAUCUUUAUCAUUGCUGCCAUCCUAAGGAUCCGCUCUACACAGGGGCGACGCAAGGCCAUUUCCACCUGUGGCUCCCAUAUGGUGGCUGUCACUAUUUUCUAUGGCACCUUGAUCUUUAUGUACCUGCAGCCUAAAUCAAAUCACUCCCUGGACACAGACAAAAUGGCAUCUGUAUUUUACACAGUGGUGAUCCCGAUGUUGAACCCCCUGAUCUAUAGUCUAAGGAACAAAGAGGUGAAAGAUGCUUCAAAGAAAGCCUUGGAUAAAGGUUGUGAGACCUUAAAGCUAUUAAAAUUAAGAAAAUAA